AUGAAGAUCACCGGCUUUGUCAUCGCCCUGGCGGCUUCCGCCUCCGCCAUCCCCUUCAAGAUGGCCGACUACACAGCGCCUCGUGCCGUCGAGGCCCCCGAGGUCCGCCCACACCACGGCUACCCCUACCACGGCCCCGGCAACCUCACAGCCCGUGGCUUCGGCAGGCACAACGAGACGGACAGGCCUCACCACGAGAAGCCCACCGUCGUCGUCGACAAGCGUGCCUUUACGCCCGAGGGCCACCGGGACCAGAAGGACAAGCCGUACCACAACGGCAUCGUCGGUGGUCACCACUGGGGUCCCAAGAACCACACCUACCACGCAUGA